AUGAAAAAGCUAAUGUUAUUACUCGUGACGAUUCACGUAUUCAUAAAACCUGUUCAUUCCGUGAAUGGUGUAAUAUGGAACAAGAAACUUGAGAAUUUUGUACCCAUUUUCAGUGUUCCAACUUUUGCAAAGAUCGAUUAUGAGAUAAAAAACCAAAGUCGAAAAGAAGAAAUAACUACUUUUCAAGGAAGAAGGUUUAGAUUUGCUUGCUAUGAGGAAUUGAACAUGGUCAUCACCGAAGCUAAUGGAACACGAAUCACUGGCGGAAUAAUAGGCGAGAUCUGGAAUAUUUUAUCUGAAUAUUUAAAUUUCACAUUGAUACCGGUUGUUAUAGAUGACCGGAGUGUAGGAAUUACAAAUUCUCGAGGUAAAUAUGAACGCGGUUUAUUAAAAAUUAUGCAAGAGAACAAAACGGACGUGAUAUCGAAGAUGGGAGCGUACAAUGUACGACGCAAAAUUUCUCAAUUUACGAUACCUUUAUGGAAAACGAGAUAUCGAUUAUACAUUCAACAAGAAGUGAUACAUUUACCUACCUGGAUGCUGAAAUUAUUCUCUCGAAAAGUCUGGUAUGCGAUUCUGAUUACGUAUCUUUUGUUAAGUACGUGCAGCUAUCUUUCUCAAGCGAUAAACUCGAUAAUUAUGCGUGAAAACUUAAAGACAGACUUAAGGGAUCAUCUAUUUUACAAUUUUGGCAUGAUUUGCGGACAAAGCUAUUUUCCAAAGAAUUCGAACAAAUCUUCAAGAAUAGUGGAAUUGUGGUUGGGUCUAUUUUCUUGUUUAAUCAGGACUGCUUUUGGUGCCCUUUUAAUAGGCUAUAUGUCGCAAACUAUCUUUAUUCCUCCUUUUCAAGAUUUAGAUUCUCUUCUAGAUAAGAGUACUUACGAUAUUUUAACUCUAAAUGGUUCUUUACCGUAUUAUCUUUUUGAUCAAAAAAUAUUUUCCGUAUACGAAAAAGCAUCUCGAUUGAAACGAUAUAUUGUUAUGAAUUCAAUUGAGGAAAUGUAUAAAACGAUAUGUUUAUCUGAAAAGUUGUACGCGCUAUACGAAAGUGAAGAUGUAAAAAUGGCUAGAGGAAUAUACUUUUGUCGAUUAAAUCCAGUUGGAUUUUCUUUGUUUAGUUCGUGGAUAAUUUCAGGACUUUCGUUGAAUUUUAAAUACAAAAGAUCUAUUGAUAUCGGAUUGCUAAGAUUAUAUGAAGUCGGUAUUAUGGACUUAUUGAAAUAUCGUUGGAUAAAAUCAAAAAACGAAGAAAAAGAGCUAACAAAAAUAUCGGAACCAAUUAUUUUAGAACAAAUAUAUUUGAUAUUAUUGAUAUUCGGUAGUGGAUUCUUAAUGUCCUUUAUAAUUCUUGUAUUUGAAAACUUGAUAUUUUAUUGCAAAAAUUAA